GCGCCGCCGGCCGCGGAUGCGUCGACGUCGUCGUCGUCCCGGAGGAGGGAGAUGUCGCCGAGCUAUCGGCACAGCGUCUCGCUCUGCGACGGUCUGGCGCUGGAGAUGCUCCCCGGCACCACGGCCGGAGGGGGUGGUCGUUCGACGGUGAUGGGCCACCUGGAGCGCGUGGGAGGGUUCAUCACGGCGCGGGGGUCCAACGCCACGCCCAAGCUGGGCGGCGGGUCGGCGACCCCAGAUCCAUAUGGGCGAGGAAAGGCGAGGAAGCCGACUCCGCGACCGCAGGCUGGUGAUGCGGAGGGGGCGGCUGAGGAUGAUGGGGAUACGGUGAAGGGGUCUGCAUCCACGUGA